CUUGAGGCCUAUCCAGGAGCGCCCGCACCGCCCGGAGGAAACUGUGGCGGUGUCUCCAGCGUCAUCUCUGCUUGCACCUGUACAACCCCCCAGCAACCGCUAUCUGCUUCCUCUGCCUUCGUCUAUCCCUUAGCCUGAUCUGUUCCCGACGCUCUUCUUUAACAGGAAGUCUCCCAGCCAUCAACAUCUCUCUUCCGUGCAUUUCCCCCUUUCCGGGUCUUCGCCUAUUAACUCUAUCCCAACCUCUGCACUCCUGAACCCAACCACCACCAUGGCUUCCAGACCGGUAGCAGGCCCUCGACCGGGCGCCAGAUUCGCUCAGUUCAAGCUUGUACUCCUUGGUGAAUCGGCCGUUGGAAAGAGUUCACUUGUCUUGCGAUUUGUCAAAGAUCAAUUCGAUGACUACAGGGAGUCGACUAUCGGUGCCGCUUUUCUCACGCAGACCAUCACUUUGGAUGAGAACACGACCGUCAAAUUUGAAAUAUGGGAUACUGCUGGCCAGGAAAGAUACAAGUCAUUGGCCCCAAUGUAUUACCGGAAUGCGAACUGCGCUGUUGUUGUAUACGAUAUUACUCAAGCUGCGUCGCUUGAUAAGGCCAAGUCAUGGGUGAAGGAAUUACAGCGCCAAGCCAACGAGAAUAUCAUUAUUGCCCUCGCAGGCAACAAGCUCGAUCUUGUUUUGGAUAACCCGGACAAGAGAGCCAUCCCAGCUGCUGAUGCUGAGGCCUACGCCCGCGAGUCCGGGCUACUCUUCUUUGAGACUUCCGCAAAGACGAAUACCAACGUUCGGGAACUAUUUACAGCGAUCGCCAAGAAGCUUCCUCUCGACCAGGCUGGACCACGGAAUCUACGGACAGCUCCCCGCCCGGGCGUGGAUCUGCGACCAGAGACUACGGGAACUCAAGGAGCCGGUGGAUGCAACUGCUGAAAACUCCGCAGAACUAUCGUCGGACGUGGUUCAGUGCCUUACACCAGGGUUUUCUGAGAACGUCUCGAUAGCCAAUUAGUGUUGUCCCUUGAUUUCUCUUCUCGUUCGAAGUUUGUCAUUACCAUGGCUGGUGCGAGGUCUGCUGGAAUUUGGCUCUAGACUUGCGUGGCAGGUAUCGCUAUCUGUCCUCUUCUGUUUAUCUCCCGGGUCGCUGUAUUUGCGUUUCUUACUGGCUGGCGUUUGCAUCUCUUUUCUUUCCCUCUUUCUGUUCCUUUUUGCUUCUUAUUGACGAGUUUCAUCUGUGUUACACCCUUUUCCAACUUCUUUGUCUACUCUUGCAGAAAUGUCCAACAUUCUAUGCUAUAUAAUAUCUCCCUGCGAUGUUUCUUCAGGUUCAAUCAUAAUUUGUUGCCAUGUGGCUCAGCCAGUGGUCGCUUCGUAGGAACACUGCAAAAAAAAAGGAGAGUCCUC